CGGGUAUAUUAUUUUGAAAAGAGAUUAUCUUUGGGAUACUUUUAUUUUGGCGAGUGGUCCGCUUUUUGCGCGUGCUGCAAGUGCAGCAGGGAGAGACGAAGAAGAGCGCGGUGUAUGAGUGUGUCACACACAGAAGUGAGUGCAGUGUUGUCAUCGAGAAGCUCGUUCGAUAAAGUUGCUUCAACGGAAGAUUAUCGAGGCUUAAGUCGAAUAAAGGACGACAGCACUAAGUGAAAGUGUGUACAGUGAACCGCAGUUCAUAGCAGAAAGGAGUUUUAUUUAGUUUUGUUCUAGUGGUAUGUGUUGGCUGUUAAAAUGACGCAGUAACAUAUGGAAGACCACGGAAGCUUGACUGAACUGAUAAACAGGGAACUGUGGUAAUUCAAGUGGACUAUGGAACUUGAGUAACUGUGAGUAACUCGUGAACUGUGAGUAAACAUUUGAAGGGACGUUUCAUAUAAGUGCUCAUUCUGAGGUGAGCUUUAAUUGUGUAUGCUUUGUUUUUGUUGUUGUUGUUUUCAAAUGUGAUUGUUUGAAGGUGAUCAUUUGAAAAGGUGAGAAUUUGUGGGUUUACCAAUUUACAAAUUGCAAGUGAUCUCAUUUUGAAGUUUUAUAAGGGAUUUGUUAUACCACAAGUGAAAAGUUUUCAACUGUUGUGUCGAAGGUGAUUGUGUGAAUUUGAAAAGGCAGCACAAAGACUGUAAAUUCUUUUUAUGAUUUUCAUUUAAUCGAUUACUCAAACAAGAAAUACUUAUUCAUAAGAAAAAAAAAUCUAAAAUAAUAAAUUCUGUUUAAUUCCUUUUUGCACUUAUCUAUAGUGUACCUUUCUGUUGAGAGCUGUCAGGGAGUGGGGAAGUCUCAAUUACUUUAUUAGAUCUGGGGAGGGAGGAGCAUAUCACACUGUACUCUCAUGUAUGCAAUUUCACUUCGGGAAGCCACCGUGUAACAUUACCAUACCUGAAGCCUACCCUUGUCAAUCAGUAGUGUUCCAACACAAUAAGGUAAGAAACCACAUACACACGUUAGUGUGUAACGAGACUAAAAAGUUUGGGGAGCGGGGCCCAAGAUCCUUUCGCUGUCCAAACUUCCAGGGCAGCCGUAAUCCAUUUCCCCUACACAACGGGCUAAAUACCCCCGUUACAAAAGUGGCGUCACGAACAGGAUUGUAUUAGGCACAUUUAAGUAGUCACACGUCUCCAGGCCCACAAGUUGUUUGUUGUCAAGUAAGAAGAUGUCUGAACUGGAGGAACUAAAAAAAGAGAUGGCAGAGAUGCAGAGGAGGUUUGCUGAGCAGGCAGGGGCACUUGACCAAUCCAGGGCGGAGCAGAGAGAAGCCCUGUUCUUAGCAAAGGUGGUAAUUGAGAGCCAGGCCUCUGCGCAAAUGACCCCAGCUGCCAUUUAUAUCCCUAGAGACCGGAAGCUCCCUGAUUUCACUGGUUGCGUAUCAAAACCAGGAGAGCUGAAUAUUGAAGAAUGGGUGGCAUCAAUGAAGUCUGCAUUUCAAGUCAUGAGGGUGCCCACUGAGGACUGGGUUGAGCUGGUGAAACAGCACCUAAAAGAUGAGGCCAAAGCCACAGUGAAGUUCAUGAUGGACGGAAAAGAGGAAUCUGUUGACAACAUUUUCACUGUUCUCCUUGACACUUAUGGAGAUAAAGUGCCCAUUGGUACAAGGCUGAAAGACUUCUACGAUCGUGCUCAGAAUACAGGAGAAACAAUACGUUCCUAUGCAUAUGGCCUUCGGGAAAGACUUAAUCGUGUUCAGCACCGAGAGCCAGCUAGAGUGGCAGAUGCUGAAAAGGUUUUGAAAGAGCAACUGGUGCUAGGCCUAAAAGAUGACUUCUUACGUCGAGAGAUGAAGCGCAGAAUUAAGGCUGAGCCAGAUUUGAGUUUCGUGGAGUUGAUGCAAGCGGCAAUUACCUGGUCAGAAGAGGAGGAAGCACAGCCUUCUACUAAUGUCAGGCCCAGUACCCGUGCCAGAGGGGUAGUAAAUGCUGCUGCAGCACAGGAUGCUCCCUCCACUCUGUCUUUAGAGAAGUUGCAUGAAGUAAUUCAGAAAAUGGCUGCUCGUCAAGAGGAAUUAUAUUAAGUCGUUCAUGCAAAAGAAAGGAAUGGACCAUGGCAGAGCCGUCCAAAGAAACUACCAUUAAAAGACAGUGAAGGCUGUUAUAUUUGUUAUUCAUGUGGUGAACCCGGACACACCAGUCGCUAUUUUCCACAAGGUGGCAAGUCUGGGAGGGGACCAACUCCACCACAGUGUAUAGUGGAGUCAGCAGAAGUUUCAGAGAAAGACACCUGGGAGGUGCAGUACAGAAAAGCCCAGGGCCCUCAUUGAUUAGAUGUCACACAGCAGAAUGGCUGGCUGAUGAGACUGCUGAAAAACUGAAGGAUAGUGCUUUUGAGGUGAAGAUAGCCGGUGUCAAGACCAAGUGCCUCUUAGAUACAGGGUCAGAGGUGUCCACCAUCUCCGAGUCACACUUCAGACAGCAUUUUGGGGAGCAAAAGCUAAAGUUGUCCUCUGCAUGCUGGGUUAAACUGACAGCGGCCAAUGGACUAGACAUUCCUGUCUUAGGUUGCUUACAGGCUGAUGUAGAAUGUCUGGGAAAAGUGUUUCCUAGGAAGUGUAUAUUCGUUCUGACUGACACAAGUCCCGACGUCAAAGAAAUGAAAGGAGUGUCUGGGAUCAUCGGUAUGAAUAUACUCAAUGACGUGCAGUCUCUGUUCAUCUCAAUGGAGGGGAUGGAAAAGGUAGACAAGUAUAGUCCGCGAGAUGAAGCUCAAGUCCGGAGGGUACUUGCUAGAGUUGAGAAGGAAGCAGGACAUCU